AUGGCAAGGCUAUACGCUCUCCUUCUGCUGACUUCGUGUCUGUCCGCUGUUUCCUCUGUCUCGGUGACGGACAUUCAGGGCUCCUCCUACCUGAGCCCUUUAAACGGUCAGACUGUUCAGAACGUCACUGGGGUAGUUACAGCGAAGGCCUCAAAUGGAUUCUAUAUCCUCGGAGAGAAAUCAGCUGAUAUCAGGAAGUCGAAUGGUCUCUUUGUCUUCUCCACUUCAUCCACUGUGUUAAAAUCAGUGGCCGUCGGAGAUUUUAUUUCUUUAGGUGGCCGUGUAUCCGAGUUCAGAUUGGCCUCCUCUCCCAACAAUCUAUUCAUUACUGAACUUGAAAGUCCCUCCAAUAUCACGGUUCUGUCUUCGAACAACACUGUAACACCAGUCAUUCUUGGGCGAGACAGAAGCCCUCCUACUCAACAAUUUAAUGUAUUGGAUAGCGGUGCGGAUGGUUUCCUUUCCGUCCCCAACAACCGAAGCCUCGUCUCGACAACGAAUGCUACCUUACAGCCAGACAAGUUUGGUAUGGACUUCUGGGAGAGUCUCGAGGGUCAACUGGUAACGAUUCCUAAGCCAUUUGCCACCGCAUUCCAAAACAACUUUGGCGAAUUUUGGGUACGUGGAGACUGGAAAGUAACUGGAAAGAACAGUCGUGGAGGUCUGACCAUUAACUUUGGUCCCGGUGGCAUUCCUGAUGGUAAUCCAGAAACUAUCAUCGUCGGUUCUCCUCUCGACUCGACCAAAAACCCUCAAACUGCUGUUGGUGUCGGGUUGACGGACAUCACUGGUGUCGUUCACUAUCAGUUUGGAUUUUUCUAUGUUCUUCCCCUCACAGCACCGAAAAUCAUUUCUACACCUGACCCCACAGUUCCUGCUGCAUCUUUUGCAUCCAGCAAAAUCGAUUUCUGCUCCGUCACAUUUGGUGACUAUAAUGUAGAAAAUAUGGCACCAACCUCUAAGCAUAUCCCAGAUGUUGCGUCGCAUAUUGCGAACCUUCUCCGUACCCCAGACAUUAUGUUCCUUCAAGAAAUUCAAGACAACUCUGGCCCAACGAAUGAUGGCACUGUUUCUGCAAACGUUACCCUGUCAAACCUGGUCAACGCUAUUGCUCAAAUCAGCAAUGUGACAUACUCCUUUACCACUAUCGAUCCAGUCGACGGCCAAGAUGGAGGACAACCUGGGGGAAAUAUCAGAACCGCGUUCCUAUACCGACCUGAAAAGCUUAAACUAGUCGGUAACGCUCCUGCCGGUGGUGCACUUGACGCCACCCAGGUCAGUGGUCAUUUCUUGAACCCCCAGUUGAGUUUAAAUCCAGGGCGUAUUGACCCUCUUAAUCCCGUCUGGAACGCUACCAGGAAACCCCUCGUUGCACAUUGGACAACGAAGUUGGGGGCCAAUCUUUUCACCAUCAACCUCCAUCUCAGUUCUAAGGGAGGCAGUAGCUCCACUCAAGGUGAUGCCAGACCACCCGUCAAUUCGCCAAUUGAUGCUCGCACUGGUCAAGUGACUUCGGUUGCCACCUUCGUCAAAGCUAUCUUGGCCAAAAACCCUCUUGCCAAUAUUGUCGUUGCCGGUGACUUCAAUGAGUAUAUCCAGACUCGCUCAGUGUACCAGCCACUCACAAAACUCCUUACCGAUAUCGACGAAGUUGCGAAAAUUCCUGUCGAGGAGAGGUAUAGCUACGUUUUUGACCAGAAUUCUCAGCAACUCGACCAUGCCCUUGUUUCUGACGCCAUAAAAUUGCGGGGUGCAAAGUUUGAACACAUUCAUGUAAACAACUGGUCGCCCUCGCUGAGCGUUCGCAUCAGCGACCACGACCCUUCCGUUGGACGGAUUCGCAUUUGUUGA